CACCAGGCCCGUCAGAACCGCCAUAAAUACCCGCCCCUUCCUCCCCUCCAACCCCCACCACCGCUCCAGAACGGAACGAACGAAAAAUCCCCAACCAAUCUCGUCGCCGAUCAACCCUAGGCUUGUCGAAUCCUCCUCCCCCGCCGCCUCAAGAUGCAGAUCUUUGUGAAGACAUUGACAGGCAAGACCAUCACCCUUGAGGUGGAGUCGUCUGACACAAUCGACAACGUUAAGGCCAAGAUCCAGGACAAGGAGGGCAUCCCUCCGGACCAGCAGCGUCUCAUCUUCGCUGGCAAGCAGCUUGAGGAUGGCAGGACCCUUGCUGACUACAACAUCCAGAAGGAGUCCACCCUUCACCUUGUCCUCCGCCUUCGUGGAGGCAUGCAGAUCUUUGUCAAGACGUUGACUGGCAAGACCAUCACCCUUGAGGUGGAGUCUUCUGACACAAUCGACAACGUCAAGGCCAAGAUCCAGGACAAGGAGGGCAUCCCUCCGGACCAGCAGCGUCUCAUCUUUGCUGGCAAGCAGCUUGAGGAUNNNAGGACCCUUGCUGACUACAACAUCCAGAAGGAGUCCACCCUUCACCUUGUCCUCCGCCUUCGUGGAGGCAUGCAGAUCUUUGUCAAGACCCUCACCGGCAAGACCAUCACACUUGAGGUGGAGUCCUCCGACACCAUCGACAACGUCAAGGCCAAGAUCCAGGACAAGGAGGGCGUCCCACCGGACCAGCAGCGCCUGAUCUUCGCCGGCAAGCAGCUUGAGGAUGGCCGCACCCUUGCCGAUUACAACAUCCAGAAGGAGUCCACCCUCCACCUGGUGCUCCGCCUCCGUGGUGGUCAGUAAUUGCCCUGACGUUGGUCCUGCUGCUGUUAGUCAUGUGUCUUGUUCGUAUUAAGUCUACUGUAUCUGGAUUGAUGGACCAUCGAGUCCCCAUGAUGUGUGAAACAGUUAUCUGGUAUGGUUUGGUAU